CGCUCAUCCUUUUGAACCGGAAAUGUACGAGUUCACCUUGUGUGGAAAAAUUACAGCGGAGGCGAACGUUCGUGUUCGGUUUUCGCGAGUUUUCAAAUUCAAAUGAAAGACAAAUGUCCCCGUAGCGUCGCGUCGGGUCUGGCUGUUGUUCGAACAGGGGGGCAACAUGAAACAGGACGUGAGGAUACUUUUGCUGGGGGAACCCAUGGUGGGGAAGACUUCCCUCAUCAUGUCCUUGGUUGGAGAGGAGUUCCCCGAGGAGGUUCCGUCUCGAGCUGAAGAAAUCACCAUCCCGGCUGAUGUCACUCCAGAGAAAGUGCCUACACACAUCGUGGACUACUCGGAAAAAGAGCAGAGUGAUGAGACCCUUAGAGGAGAGAUUCUCAAGGCCAAUGUGGUGUGUGUCGUCUACGAUGUCACCAACGAGGACUCCAUAGAGAAGAUCAAGACAAAAUGGAUACCUUUAGUCAAUGGCGAUGCAGAGAAGGGAAACAAAGUUCCAAUCAUCCUUGUGGGAAACAAGUCCGAUCUACGUUCGGGCAGCUCCAUGGAAACCAUCCUCCCCAUCAUGAACCAGUUCUCUGAAAUUGAAACGUGUGUUGAGUGUUCUGCUCGGAAUCUCAAAAACAUAUCAGAGCUGUUUUACUAUGCCCAGAAGGCAGUCCUCCAUCCCACCGCCCCUCUGUACGACCCUGAGGACAAACAGCUCAAACCUCUGUGCGUCAGAGCGCUCAGUCGAAUUUUUUACAUCUCCGACCAGGACAACGACCGCAUCCUCAGUGACGCUGAGCUCAACUGUUUUCAGAAAUCCUGUUUUGGAAAUCCACUGGCGCCACAAGCCUUAGAAGAUGUCAAGACAGUUGUCUGGAAAAACACCAGUGAUGGAGUGCUGGACAAUGGCCUGACCUUAAAUGGUUUCCUGUUCCUGAACACAUUGUUCAUCCAGAGGGGCCGACAUGAAACCACAUGGACAAUCCUCAGGAAGUUUGGUUACGAUGACAACCUGGAACUGACUGACGAUUACCUUUACCCCGCCCUCCGGGUUCCUGCGAGCUGUACCACUGAACUCAAUGAUUUAGGUCACCAGUUCCUCCAGCGGCUGUUUGAGAAGUAUGAUGAAGAUAAAGACUCUGCGCUGUCACCCGCAGAGCUGAAGAAUCUGUUCUGCGCUUGUCCAUACAUGCCGUGGGGCGCUGAGGUCUAUAUGACGGUCCCGACAACCGCCGAGGGUUACAUCUCUAAUCACGGCUACCACUGUCAGUGGAAGCUUUGCGCUUAUCUCGACAUCCACCGUUGCCUGGAGCACCUCGGGUACCUCGGCUACCCUGUCCUCAUGGAGCAGGAGUCACAGACUGCUGCGGUCUCAGUCACGAGAGAAAGAGAGGAGGACCUGGAGAAGCGCCAGACGCAGCGUUCAGUCUUCCUAUGCAAGGUGAUCGGACAGCGGGGGACGGGCAAAACGACUUUUCUGCAGGCCUUCCUCGGCCGCAGCUCUGUGAACAACCUGGGCGGCGGCAGUGCCUUUUCCCCCUUCGCCAUAAACACGGUUCAAGUUAGCAAUCAAGAGAAGUCCCUCAUCCUCAACGAGGUGGACGUGGAGGCGGACUUCCUGAAGGCGUCGGACUCCCACUGCGACGUGGCUUGUCUCAUGUACGACGCCAGUGACCCACAUUCCUUCGACUACUGCGCCAGCAUAUACAAGCAACACUACAUGGAGAGCGACAUCCCGUGUGUGCUGGUGGCCUCCAAGCACGACCUCCCCGAAGUCAAGCAAUUCCAUGGAGUGACGCCGGCCGAGUUCUGCUCCAAACACAGACUGCCUCAACCGUUGCCCUUCUCAAUCACGUUUCCCCAAUCCGACGCCAAGAACGUCUUCGCCAGACUUGCCUGGGCUGCCGUGUACCCACACCUGAAUGGCUCAGACAUGAGCAACACGUCGUUUUGGCUGAGAGUGGCGUUGGGCUCGGCUGUGUUUGCGGUUGUGGGUUUUGCUUUUUACAGAAUGGCUGUCAGACUGAAAUGAGCCGGAACCAGCUGGCUUUUCUGUGUGUUUGUCACUCCAGCCGUACUGAUCCAGAUUGUAAUCUGCCCCGGUGUGUGUUGGGACUGUCCUGAUGUGUCUCAACGCAGUGUUGUGAUCCUGACAGUUGCUUUUUUUUUCUGCCAUAUGCAACGUUUUUAUGCCUUACCUUUGCCUAGUGUGAUGUCCGCUUGAUGCAUUGAUUCCACAAACAAUAAUUGAUGUCCCAACGGGCGUGCUGUCAAAAUGGACUCGAGACGUCUUUUAUCAAUUGACUGUUAAUGAGAUUGAAAUGUUUUUAUCGCACAUGCAAGCGUUUCCAAAACGGGAUUCAAAGUGAAUGCCAAAUAAACUGGGCUGCAUGUUCGAGAUAUCUGCAGA